CUGCCGACUACCAAGCCAACCAAACUACCAUCCAAGCAAUAAUGCGCAUGAUGCAUCACCCCCAGAGCGACGAGAUGCGUCCAGUGUCGCCACCCGGCAAGUCCGGUGCCAACAGCAUGCUGCUUGUACCAGACCUGCAGCCGCUGCGCAUGUGGCCAUGCCACUACGCCAAGGCAGCAGACGCUCUGGGCUUCCUCAAGGCCAUCGACCACGUUGAAGUGAACGAGACUGUCAAACGAAAGGGCAAGCUCUGCUACGUGGUUCAGGUCUUUCUUAAGAACCCGGAGAUCCGCAUCCCCACGUCACGCAGUUCAGCCAACUGUCGCUCGUCCACCGCGGCCGACACGACUCCGCAGCGCCGUCAGAGCGUCACGGAACUACCGAUGCCUCCAUCAGGUCCGCAGGAGUCGGACUACCAGCUGGAGCGCGAGUUCUCUGAGUUCGUUAAGCUCCGCUACAACAUUUGGGUACACGCGCAGCAGCCGCGUCCUGCGCGCGGCUGCAUCUACUGCGACGACAUCACGGCGUUCGUGGGCAACUCGAGCAAGCGCCCGUCAGGCCUCGUAGAGAAGAUCUGGGCCACCAAGGCCCACCGAAAAGACAUGAUGGAGGCGUAUUUGAAUCGCAUGGUGGUACUCGCCAUUGGGCGGGGCGGCGACGGCCAGCGAAGCCCACACUGCCACGGCUUCGACCACAUCCCGUACCGCCUCGUGCGCUUCCUUAAGAAGGCCGCAGAAGCCAACCACCUGCGCUGA